AUGCCGGCGACCCCGCCCGGGUUCGUGAACGUCGGGCACCACCUCGUGUACGCGGUCCUCGAGCCGCCGCGCGCCUCCUCGAACGGCGAGCGCGGCGCCGCGUCGACGACGACGUCGACGACGACGACGACGACGACGACGACGACGUCGCGGAAGAAUCUCGACGACGCGAUCCCCGACCUCCCGUCCGACGCCGAUGCCCUCGCGUCUCGGCUCCCUCUCCCCGUGCGCGUCGUCGACCUCGGCGGCAGCGGGAAGUGGCGCCGCGGCGGCGAGCUCGCCGUGUACUUCUUCGGCGACGGCGACGGAAGAGAGGAAGAGCGCGAGCAGAGGGCGUACGCGCGGCGGACGAUCGACGGCGCGCAGUCCGCGCUCAUGGCGAUCGCGUCGCUGUGCGUCCCCGAUCAGAUCCCGCUGCUCGGCGUCGCGCUCGCGGCGACCGCGACGGACGUCCCGGGCGAGAUCUCCGUCGUCCUGAAGCUCGACGCGCUGCUGCCGGAGAAGGCGUGGACGGCGCCGCCGCCCGCGAACCGGCUGUGGGCGGCGGAGGAGCCGCCGAGGAACCCCAAGGCGUGCGCGGCGUGGGCGUGGGUUUUCGCGCGGCUGCGCGGCGAAGGGCACGCGCCCGGGAUCGCGGAGGACCUCCCUCGCGGCGACGGCGGCGAAGGCGGCGCAGGCGGUGAGCGCGCGCCGGACGGGCCGGUGGGGCCGAUCGGAUGGAACGUCAGCGUCCUCGAGCAGCGAGAGAAGGCGAACAGGCUCAUCGCGCAGGAGGCCGCGGCGGCGGCGGCGGCGGCGCGAGAGAACGGCGGCGGCGGUGAGGACGCCGCCGCCGCCGUCGUCGGCGACGACGACGACGAGGCGUUUUCGCUCGCCGCCGCGUUCGCGUCCGUGCCGUCGCCGACGGCGACGCGGCGCGCCAUCCCGCCGAGCGUCGCCGCCGAGCGCGUCGCCGCCGCCGGUGCCUUCUUCGGCGAGCUCCCGGAGGAGGUCAGGCUCAGAAUCUUAGGGAUGCUCACGGGCGACGGCGGCGGCGGCGGCGGCGCGGACGGCGCGUGCGCCGACCUCGCGCGCGUCGCCGCCACCUGCCGGCUCCUGCGCGACGCCGCGAGGGAGACCGCGCCGGGUCUGCUGUGCACGCUGUUCCCGCAUCAACGCGACGCGCUCCGCGCGCUCGUCGCGCGCGAGGCGGGCGGGUGCGGGAAGCUGGUGCCGCACCCGGGGCUGCGACGCGUCGUCGCGCAGCGGCGAGGCGACGACGCGAAUUCGAAAACCAAAGCCGCCGAGGGACCGCCGUACGAAGCGUGGGUGCUCACUGUGGACAUGAAGGACGGCGCGUACUUCCCCGGCGCGUUCCACGCCGGCCCGCGGCCGCCGUCGAUGUACGCGGACGUCCGCGGCGGCGUCUUCGCGGACGACCCGGGGCUCGGAAAGUCCGUCACCGCGCUGGCGUUGGUGUUGCGGAGUCGCGGGACGCUGCCGUCGCCGCCGCCGGGCGCGGGGGAGAUGACGUCCGGGACGCCGCCGUCGUACGCGGUGAGCGCGCCCGUGGACGACCCGCGCGCGCUGGAGCGGUGGUACGCGCGGCAGCCGUCCGCGGCGACGGACGAGGCCGAGGCGGUGGAGAUUGAGAACGAGACGAGGGCGCGACGCGACGCCGCGACGCGGUGGGAAGAGGAAAAACGCGCCGCCGCGGCGGCGGCGGCGGCGGCGGCGGCGGCGGGAAAACCGAAAACGGAGGAGGAAGACGCGAAGAGGCGUCCGCUCGUCGUCACGAUGCGAUCGCCCGUGAUGACUCGCGGCCACGCCUCGGGCGCGACGGUCGACGCGCGCGAGGACACGCCGAGAAGGACGACGUCGUUUUGGAUCAAGUGCGACGAGGACGACUGCGAGAAGUGGCGUCGGCUUCCGCCCGGCUCCGCCGCGCCGAGCGGCGAAGGUCGGUGGUACUGCCAGAUGAACCCGGAUCCGAGAUAUAACUCGUGUCAGGCGCCGCAAGAGCCGGACGACCCGGAGGAGGUGAUCUCGCUCGAGGUGGGGUGUUACGAGAAAGGCAAGGAGGAGCCCGGGCAGGAGCGUAACGUCCGACACUUUUACGAGAUUCUCCGACAAACGUACAAAGAGGCGAUCAACGCGGUGAAACCGGGGGACAUGCGCGGCCUGUCGAUGAUCACCAGCGAUCGAAAGUACGUCCGCACCGGCGCGGUCGCGCUGUGUAAGUGGCUGAGGAAGCACCGGGACUCCGCGAAGCUCGCGCCGGGCGGGGAGGGGAUGCUCGCGCCCGCGGACAUGGGCGCGUGCGCGAAGCGGAUUUUGAGCAACGUGUACGUUCGAAUCGACGCCGCCGCCGCCGCCGCCGCGGAGGCGGACUGCUCGGACGAAGAGACGCUCGCGGAUAUCAUGCGAGAGAACGCGAGGGAGGCGAGGAACGCGAAGCGUCGCAAGACCGCCGGCGGCGGCAAGAACGGGAAAAACGGCAAGACGGCGACGGUUUCGAACGCGCCGCCGCCGAAGCGGAGGGUGUGCAAAGACACCGGCGUCGAGAUCGGUCCGUGGGGACUCCCGGAGUCCUUCUCCCCGACGCUCGCGCUCGACAUCGAAGCGCUAGAGAUCGCGACCGAGCGGUACGACGAAGCGCAGGUGAAAGAGAAUCGCGCGCGGACGGUGAUCGGACAGAAGGACGUGAGAGAGCGCGAGAGCCAGUUUGGCCGCGGCGUGCGUCAGCGGCACCGCGAGGGCGUGACGAGUUCGCACGCGCUCGCGGCGGGCGACCCGCCGGAGACGCCGGGUUCGAACGGGGUGUCGAAAAACACGCGAGGCGCGCGGCUCGGCGGCGUCGGAAGCCCGGGGGCGUACACGCGCGCGGUGCGGAUAUUUCUCUCCCCCGCGACGCUCGUGAUCGUCCCGGACGCGGCGCUGAUCGAGCAUUGGAUCGGACAGGUGGGGACGCACGUCAACGCGCCGAAUCGUCGCGGCGAAUUCGGCCCGGGGAUCUGGGGUGGCCCAGGGUUGGAUAAACCCUUGCGCGUGCUCGCCGUCGGCGGCAUGAGCCGGAAAGAAGCGGACGAGCUGUCGUCGACGACGCCGCGCGCGGGGGAUCCUCCCGGGGUGACGCGCGCGGCGACGUUCCCGCCCGCGGAGACGCUCGCGAGGGACUACGACGUGGUCCUGAGCACGUUCGAGCGCAUGUCCAAUAAAACGCGCGACGCCGGAGAGGACAUCCUGCGCGUGCACUUCCUCCGUCUGAUCGUGGACGAGGGACAUCUCUUAGGCUCGAUCGGCGCGGAGACGACGCGCGUGCAGCGCGUGCGAGCGGUGCGCGCGGAGCGGCGGUGGAUGAUGACGGGCACGCCCGCGCCGGCGGUGCAGCACGGCGGCGGCGGCGGGGAAGCUUCGUACGGCCAAACAGUCUGCCCGCGCGACGCCGCCGCGGCGCCGCACCGCGCGGCGGCGGCUUUGCAUCCGCUCCUGGACCUCAUACGCGCCGCGCCGUUCGGGAGCUCGCGCGCGCUGUGGGCGGACGCGGUGCUGAAGCCGCUGCAGUUUAAGAAGGUGGAGGGCGCGUGGAUUUUGAGACGCGCGCUCUCCAGGCUCGUCGUCCGCGCGUCGAAAGCCGAGCUCGGUUUACUCCCGCCGCUGACCAGACGCGCGGUGCGCGUGCCGUUCACGCCGUCGCACGCGGCGUCGUUUAACCAGCUCGCGAACUUGGUUCGGAGGAACUUGCUCAUGGCGGACUGGAACGACCCGGAUCAUCAGGAGAGUUUGCUUCACGUCCGCCGGUCGCAAUACGCGCGCGAGUUGUACUUGAACGUCCGGAAAGCGUGUUGCGUCGCCGGCGCGGUGCGUCUCGCGCCGCAGGAAGAGGACCUGUGCGAGAUGCUCGUGUUGAUAUGCCAACGGCGAGGGCUUCCGACGCCGGAGGCGUGGGAUUUCGACCUGCGCGAGGAGGGCGACGGACGCGGCUCGAGCGGCGGCGGCGGCGGCGGCGGCGGCGGCGGCGGCGCCGUCGUCGUCGGCGACCUUCCCGGCCUCCCGAAAAACGUCGUGACGUUUCAGGACCCCGCGCCGCGCGCCCACGCGACCGCGCCGUCCGUGCGCGGCGGCGAGGAGCGCGCGAGGAAGACCGAAGGCGCGCGCGGGCGCCUCCUCGGCGCGCACCUUCCCGGCGGGAUCACCCCCGGGUCGUCCCCGCCGUGGCUGCCGCCGUCGCAUCCGCUGUCGCGUCUCGAAGACGUCGUCCGCAACGGCGGCGACUGCGCGUCGUGCGCGACGCGCGUGAACGUGUCGCUGACGCCGCCGUGCGGGUGCGGCGUUCUGUGCCCGUCGUGCGCGGAGCGCUCGCCGAGGACGUGCGCGAAGUGUAACACCCCGUACGAGAUGCAACCGGUCGAGGACCCGUCGCGUAAGGCGCACAACGACAACCCGAAGUGGGCGGUCCCGAGAGAGCUCAUCGAGUGGCAGCCCGCGUACGCGGGCGUCGGCGCGGAAGGCCACCGCGGCGGCACGUGGACGGACGACUGGCGGAGCACGGACUCGUCGAAGGUCACGUGGCUGCUCGAGCGGCUGAGAAGCGCGGGCGCGGCGCCGCCGGAGGACGCGAGCGACGCCGCGCGCGAGGACGCAGAAGCGGCGGCGACGCGCGUUUUCACGGCGGAGGGAAUGGAAUGGAUCGGCGAAGCCGGCGGAUUUAACCGCUGGGAACCGCCCGUUUCUCUCGACGCCGACGACGCCGAUGCGCGCGACCAUCAUCGCGACGACCUCUUCGAGAAACCGAUGAAACCGCCGCCGAUCGGAUGGCGCGCGUCGCGUAAAGCCGUCGUGUACUCCGCGUUUUGGGAACACGUCGCGUUGAUUCGCGCGCGGCUGCGCGCCGAAGGCGUGCCGCACGCGACGAUGCUUCGACACGAGCGCGCGUCGAUCAAAGCGUCCGAGCUCGAGCGGUUCCGGCACGACCCGACGUGCGGCGUUCUCGUCAUGGACACGUCCGGGGUCGUCGGCCUGGACCUGUCCUUCGCGUCGCUCGUGAUCGCCAUGGAGCCGGUGCCCGACGGCUCCGUCCUCGCGCAGCUCGAAGCGCGCGCGCACCGGAUGGGUCAGGCGCGUCCCAUACACUGGUCCCCAUACGACCGCGUUCGCGUGGUGAACGCCGAUCCUUAA